ACACCUGAACCCUUUCCUGCUGAAACUUAAUUGUAGUUUUCUCUCUCUCCGUGUCUGAGCUACAGAGAGGAUUUCGCCUCGCCCGGAGCGACGUCACACCAAGGUGGAAGAAGACAGGCUCAUUUUUCCAGCCUGUUCUCAUCCAAAGAAAACACGCUUACAGACUGAGCAGGAGGAGAGUCGCCUCUACCUGCAGCCGGUGGGCGCAGCAAAUUAUUUCCCCAACUCCUUCAUCAGCGCGUCAGCUUAGAGCGCAGAGAGAGCGCUCCGCUGCGCAGAACCAUUCUCAUACCUCCUGCAAAUCAGGCUGCGCUUCUCUUCUUCUCUGCCCGCACAACAGUGUAACUUCUGAAAAAGUUCUGCUAGAGCUCUACAGCUUCUUGUUGGAUGUUUUCCGUGCGCAGUCUUGACCGUUUUCCUCAUCAGACCACCUUGAAACCAUGUAAUUGCGCUGCGACAGUCACAGCACAGCGAUAAUGAAGAGGUUAACCACAGCUUUGAGAGCGGACAGCACUUCUCUAGCCACUUGACCAACUUUGUUGCGCGUUAAGAUGCGUCCGACUAAAGAGGAGUUGGACUUUUGCGCACUCCUUGACAGAUACUUCCCAGAGAGCGCUGACUGAUCCGCGCCGUUAAAGAAAACAAUUGGACCUCCUAUGAUUUUAAGAAACAAUCAAACUCGGUGUUGGCUGAGGUUGUUACAUUAAAGUUUGCUGAAGGGGAAAAAUCCCCUUGUGGAAUUGCAGCGGUCAACAUGACGGUUCGUCUCUCACGGAUCCAGCUGGCCCUGUUCUUUAUCUUGCUCUGUCCCGUCAACAUCAUCGGACUCUGGUGGGCAGUGGGAAGUCCCUUGGUCAUGGACCCCAAUAGCAUUUGCAGGAAGGCAAAGCGCCUGGCAGGGAAGCAGGCCGAGCUGUGCCAGACUCAACCAGAAAUCGUCAGCGAGGUGGCCAAAGGAGCAAGGUUGGGCAUCAGAGAGUGCCAGUACCAGUUCAGGUAUCGCCGGUGGAAUUGCACAAGCCAUAACAAAUACUUUGGCAAAGUACUUCAGCAAGAUAUCCGGGAGACAGCAUUCGUCUACGCCAUCACAGCAGCGGGGGUGACACAUGCUGUUACCCAAGCUUGCAGCAUGGGGGAGCUCCUGCAGUGUGGAUGUGAAGCGACCAGAAACAAAGCUCCUCCAAGACCGCCGUCAUCAUCUUCAUCUGGGGACGGGAUUAAAUGGGAAUGGGGAGGUUGCGGCGAUGAUGUGGAAUUUGGUUAUGAAAUGUCCAAAAAAUUUAUGGAUGCCAAGAGGAGGAGAGGGAAAAGUGAUAUCAGGACACUCAUUAACCUUCACAACAAUGAGGCCGGGAGGCUGGCCGUGAAGCUCCACAUGCGGACUGAAUGCAAGUGCCACGGACUGUCAGGGUCGUGCACAUUGCGCACCUGCUGGAAAAAAAUGCCUCAUUUCCGUGAAGUGGGUGACCGCCUCCUAGAGCGUUUCAACGGUGCUUCCAAGGUGAUGGGCGGCAACGAUGGGAAAACCCUGAUACCCGUUGGCCAGAACAUAAAGCCGCCGGACAAGCAGGAUCUGAUAUAUUCUGACGAAUCUCCAGACUUUUGCCUCGCAAAUCGGAAAACCGGCUCGCUGGGAACGCGGGGGCGCAUGUGCAACAGCACUGCCAUGGACAUCAGCGGCUGUGACUUGCUGUGCUGCGAGCGAGGCUACAGGGAGGAGACGGUGGUGAUCGAGGAGAACUGCUUAUGUCGUUUCCAUUGGUGUUGUGUUGUCCAGUGUAAAAAAUGCAUGGUACGAAAAGAUCUUAGUCUGUGUCACUGAUGAACUGAGUCAAAGAGUGUUCAUAUACUUUAAUUACUUCUGUUACUUUUUAGGUUCUUGCUUUUGUCUUGUUGACAUGAAAGAAGGAAAGGAUGUAAACCUCCAUGGUUAUCCAUUCUUUAUGUUUUACAGUCAAAUAACACAAACAAAACCUUUAAUUUGCAAUCUCACAAAUUACUGUUUGGUUCCUGAGUUUUGAACAAAUAGCCAAAGUAUCUGAAAUACCUAUUCUCUGUUUUUUUUUUUCAGUUAUUUUUUGACCAUGGACCAAAGAAUUUUCCUUUUCAUUAAGUUAGAGAGAGGGUCUAUUAUUGACUAGCUAGGAAAGUCUCCUCCCUCCACCACAUUUACAACAGAGCUUUGUGUAGCUCUUAAACCAAAGAGGUGUCUGGAUCAGUAAAGUGAUUAGUCUGAUGUAUUCAAUACAAGCUGGCAGAGACCCUUUUGGGUUUCACAUAAACUUGUAAGGUUGUAGAGAGUCUGUUUUGUAAUGUUUGUUAUUUAAAUUCCUUCAUAGAUGUUAUGGUCUAUCUUCAAUAUGCUGUAGGGUAAUAAUAUAAAAAUGUCGGCAUUCAGUUACUUUUGUUUUAUGUUGAUAUGUGUGAAGAUAGAAUUAGUUGUAUUUAGUAUCUCAGCAUCUUUUGCUUCUGUAUAUCACAGGCAACAAGAAAAGCUCAUAUUUGACAAUUGAAAACUACAAUUAUCAAGAUAUUUUUAAAUAUAUUUAAAUAUAAUUAAAUGUUUUUCCCUUAAAAUUUUUGCAGUGUACACACUAACAAAAGUAUUGACACCCCUUGAACCUUUACACAUUUGAUCAUGUUAACUCUAAGUUCAUGUAUUAUACAGGGAUUUUAUGUGAUAGACCAACGCAAAUUAGACCAUAUUUGGGAAGAGUGAAGAAAAUGAUAGUUUUCCAUUUUUUUAGAAAUACAAAUCUGAUAACUGUGGUGUAUAUUUCUAUUUUGCCUUCUUUACUCUGAUACCCCUAAAUGAAGUUCAGUUCCAGCAAUUGCCUUUAGAAGUCACCUAAUUAGUAAAUAGUUCACCUGUAUGCUAUCUCAGUAUAAAUCCAGCUGUUCUGUUAAGGCCUCAGAGGUUUGUUAGAGAACAAUAGAGAACAAGCAGUAUCAGAGGAACCAAGGAACAGAGUAAGCAGGUCAGUGAUAAAGGUGUAGAGAAUUUAAAAGCAAGGUUAGUUUUUAUUUAUUUAUUCAAACAAGCUCUGAAAACCUCAGUGAUCACUGUUCAGUCCAUCAUCUAAAGAUCUGUAGUGCGACACAACUGUAAACCUACAGAGACAUCUUCCUCAACCUAAACACAAAGGACAACAAUAAUCAGAGAAGAAGCCAGGCUGAUCGUGACUCUUGAGGAGCUGCAAAAAUCCAAAGCUCUGGUGGGAAAAUCUGUCAACAGGAAAUCUGUCGGGUGUGCACUUUACAAAUCUGGCUUAAAAUUUCAAAGCCAUAAGACCCCUCAAGCAUUCCUUUUUUCAUGUUUCCCAUAAGUCUUGUAGUGGACAUUCUGUUUAAAAGUAUUGACUUGGGGCAAAGUUUUUGAAAGGAUUUUAAAUAAACUAUGAAUCAACUUCUGACCAUUUUACUUUUAUCCAACUGCUUUUUGUUGGUGUGUUGCAUAAAAUCCCCAAAAAUACAUUGAACUUGUAUAUAUAACUGUGUUUAUUAAUGUAGGAAAAUGUAUAAAAGUUCAAGUUGUGUAAAUAAAACACAAUCCAAUAGAACAUGGACAGCAAAAACAAAAUAUGCAAGUUUCUAAUUAUUUAGAAUAUGCCAGAAGCGAAGGUUUUCACAUUUUUUAUAGCCAUCCCUCUAAAUAUGACCAUAAAGUUAAAGAAAUUAUCUAUCUAUAGACAUGUAAAGAUGUAUAAAUGUGGUAAAGCUUUUAACAUAUUUCUCUUAGCAAAAUAAAAACUAGGACUGACCAACCUUAAACAGACAAAACAAGUGUUUGGGCGGUUUGGUUUGAGGAUCACAACAUAAAUCUACAUAAUUCUCCCCACAUGUAGAUUUGGCUGGAAAGUAAAGGAAAGACUGCUCACCACCAUCUCUCUCAAAAGCACUCUGGAUAUAAAAGAUGUCUCAGACUUACAACCAAUCAGCUUGACAAAUACAAAUGUGGGGUUGGUGGUUUCAGAAUUAAAAGAGGAGCCAUAAUUUCCUUUAUUUUUUGGCAUAAAUAAAUUGUUUAUUCAAUUUUUGCUAUUUGAUUUGAUACAUAGAGCUACUAAAACUAUGCACUUUGGUUGCUAGUUAUUUUUUGAGAUUGUGCAUAAUAAAUUUGUGUUUGUAUGUCUGUAUGCUUGUGUGUGUGUGUCAGUACUAAAACAAACUACCCAUGACUAUAUAAGUUGGCCAGUUAUCCGCACAUUCUUCUGUGGAGAUAAAGUACAUGUGCUGGUCACCAAAAGCACGCAUCCCACUUGGAAUAGGACACUUUUAAUCACUGAUCAUUUCUUUAGAAGUAUGCUUUGCAAAAGCCUAUUUUGUCAUCUCAUUUAGACCUUUCAAAGUUUAUUAAACAACAAUGUAUGCAAUGUAAUGCAUAAUGAACCCAUACAGUAUAAUGCUUUGUGUGUUUUAUAAAGGGUUUUUCUGCCUGACUCAAUGUCGGAGUUUUAUCUUAUUUUGCCAUUAAUUAUUCAGUCACCUAUGUGUGUUCUGAUAUUAACGUUUAUUUUGUCAAUUAACUUUCAAUAUCCCUUUAACUCAAGACAGUCUUCAUCUACAUUUUACCAGUACUGUCAACUUUAUUCACUUACAAGACCAACCACUGAUCAUGGCAAUAAGUUUAAAAAUAAACCAUGCUAUUUUUA